GGGGUCAUUCACCCGCUCGCAGCCUCACUCCAUCGGCGUGCUUUUGAGGGGACGGGUAGUAGGAGUACCACGAGUUGCCGGGUGAAACUGUAACCACAGUCACUGCUGGGAGGAGGUUGGACUGCACGUUCAAUUUAAAACAAUUGUAGACUGUAUUUACAGUUAUAGUGUUGCAGAAUCGUUAGGUUCCCCCCGCAGCUGAUUUCUGUAAUCACUCGCCUCACUGCACAAUCUGAUAGCUGGUCACCGGCUGGGGGGAGAGUUAAGGUGUCGGUAUUAACUAGUCUGUGGGCACUAGUUAGUUCUAGUUAGAUCACAGCCAUCCCAUUCCACACCCGGGAAGGCGAAGUGGGCCGGAGCUGCGCUCCGCUGGAAAGGCUGUCGGCGUCCCUACCACCGCUCGCCGACCCACACCGCCUUAGUCCCUCUUUCCCUCACCCCACUGUCCCUCCGAAACGCUGGAAAUCCACAAGCGGCCGGGGGGCGGCGACGGGCCAGCGAAGCUGGGGGUGGCACCGGAGCCGCACGGAGUCGGAGCGGCCGCGGGGAGGGUCGGCCGUGCAGAAGGGACGGCGGCGAUGGACGGCUUGUCGGUGGAAGUGCGCGGCUCCAACGGGGCCUUUUACAAGGGUUUCAUCAAAGACGUCCAUGAAGACUCUCUCACCAUAGUCUUUGAAAACAACUGGCAGCCUGAACGACAGUUGCCCUUCAGCGAUGUACGAUUGCCACCCCCAUCAGACUACCACAAGGACAUCGGCGAGGGAGAGGAGGUAGAGGUUUACUCCAGAGCCAAUGAGCAGGAACCGUGCGGCUGGUGGCUGGCCAGAGUUCGAAUGAUGAAGGGAGAGUUCUACGUGAUUGAGUAUGCUGCCUGUGACGCCACCUACAACGAGAUCGUGACGUCGGAACGGAUCCGGCCCGUCAACCCCAACAGCCCUUCGUCCCGCGGCUCUUUCUACAAGGUCCCCAUCGCCAUCCCCGAGGAUCUGCGGGACAUUUGUGUGAAUGACGCAAUACACAAAGACUUCAGGAAAGCCAUUGGUGCAAAUUGCAUCUUCUACAGCUCCACUACCCAGGAGCUCAUCGUCCUGUCCACGAACGAGUCGACAGUAAAGCGGGCGACGCUACUGAGUGACAUGCACUUCCGAAGCAUCCGCACCAAACUGAUGCUCAUGUCCCGGAAUGAGGAAGCCACCAAACACCUGGAGACGAGCAAGCAGCUGGCCUCCGCCUACCAGGAGGUGGUGCGCGUGCGGGAGGACCUGAUGGGUCUGGCCAUCGGCUCGCACGGGGCCAACAUCCAGCAGGCGCGCAAGGUGUCUGGCGUGACGGCUAUCGAGCUGGAGGAGGAAAGCUGCACGUUCAGGAUCUACGGGGAGACCCCUGAGGCUGUGAAGCAGGCCAGGGUGUACCUGGAGUUCAGGGAGGAUUAUUUCCAGGUGCCCAGGAACCUGGUUGGGAAGGUGAUUGGGAAGAAUGGCAAAGUGAUCCAGGAGAUCGUGGACAAGUCAGGCGUGGUACGUGUUCGCAUCGAGGGGGACAAUGACAAGAAGCUGCCCAGGGAGGAGGUCGGCAGGCAGCCAACCGGAGAAGAGGGCAUGGUCCCCUUUGUGUUUGUGGGCACUAAGGAGAACAUCAGCAACGCCCAGGCCCUGCUGGAGUACCACGUAGCAUACCUGCAGGAGGUGGAGCAGCUUCGGCUGGAGCGUUUGCAGAUUGAUGAGCAACUACGGCAGAUCGGGGUGGGUUACCGUGCCCCCGCUGGCCGCUCGGGGGGGCCGGUGGCUGGAGAACGUGAGCGGGGCUACCUGACGGAUGAGAGCACCAGUUCUGUCCAUGGCGCGCGGACCUACGGUGGAAGGGGCCGCGGUCGCCGAGCCUCCAACAGCCAGUACUCUGGAUACGGUACCAACUCGGAGUUGUCCAACGCCUCGGAGUCUGAGGACGUCAGUGAGCGGGAGCCGAGGACCCGUGGCACCGGUGGAGAUGAGAGGGGCUCCCGACGGGGCGGCCGGGGACGCGGGGGCACCACGGGUGUGGUGCGGGGCCGCGGAGCGCCAGGCAGCCGGCCGGCAAAUCACACCAUCAGUUCUGUCCUGCGGGACCCCGACAGCAACCCCUUCUCUUUGCUGGAGGGGGAGGGCGAGGCGGGCGGAGACACAGACGCCAGCGAGAGCAUGGGUGGCGCCGGAGACCGCCGGAGACGCUCGCGCCGCCGCCGUAACGACCAGGAGCCCAGCGUGAUGGAUGCGGCAGCCGAGUCUGACGGCCAGGCCGGGACCAGCGAGAACGGGCUGGAUGAGGACGGCAAGCCCCAGCGCCGUAACCGGAGCCGGCGCCGGCGCAAUCGUGGCACCCGCCCCGAAGGAGGCUCUCUCAGCCGCGACAGGCAGCCCGUGACCGUGGCGGACUACAUCUCCCGUGCAGAGUCCCAGAGCCGACAGAACCUGCCUCAGGAGACACAGGCUGCACCCGAGCUCAAGAACAACGGGAGCAGUGGCCAGGAGGAGCACACCCCUGCCAAGCCCCCUCCCACCAAUGGCGUAACUGCGCCUGGCGAGGCGCUGGUCAACGGGGUGUCCUAAAAGGCCGGCCACAUCCCUUCAGCCCUCGUCUAGAGCCAGACCUCAUGGCAACACUGACCCUGCUUGCAUUUACUUAAACCUUUAAAACAGAUGAGUGAGGAAAAAAAUCGACAGUGCUUCAGUUCAUAUGAUUGAAAAAUGACAGAGCAUCUACUUAAAACACACGUAUGUGUAUGUUAUUCUAUCUAUCAGUACUUAGUGCUUAUUUAAAACUAGCUUGCCCAAAAAGAGCUGGUGGACGUGACUCCAUUUAUAAGAUACUGAACACAGAUACAGGACGUGACUUUUUUUUCCCCUUUGUUUUCCUUAUGGGUCUUUUUUUGUUUACUGGUUUGGACUUGUGGUUGCACUCCAAGAGAACAGCUGUGUCUGUUACAGGUUCAGUGGAGGGGUGGGUGGGGGGCGGGGGGGGAUAUGUUACUUGGGGGUUGGGUGGACUGGGGCGGAGGGGGUGGAGACGACACUAUUCGGUUUAGGGUCCGUUGUCUUGACGUCAAGUUACAGUGCGAUAAACCGAGGAAUGAGUGUGCUGGAAGAGACAUUGUGCCUUGAAUUUGAACACUUGAUUUUUUUUUUUUUUCUUUUUUUCUGCCUUGGAGGAGACUACAGGCCAGGGAAGGGAGGGGGGGCAAGGAGAUGUGUGGUUAGCAGGGAAAUGGAGUUUCAGUGAAAUGCAUCUUUGUGCCAAAAAAAUGUUUAGGGUGUUCUUGUCAAAUGAUAGCCCAGGGGUGCGUUUGCGUCUAUGCGUGGUGGGACAGGAAGAGGAUUGUGGGUAGCAAGACCCCGAGCUAUUAAAUGGGAUCUUAUCUGGGAGAUGGGCUGGUCAGGCUGUGUGCCAACCUCCACGCGUGGGCUAGGAAAGCAGGCUAAUGGCUGCCGGCCCACCUGCCAAAGAGCUGUCUAUUCAGGCAGAGGGGGUGGUCCCUUCGCCUUUGGGUGGGGUAGCUGUGCAAAGAUCGGUGGUGAGAGGCCCUAAGUUUGCAGUGACGUAACUGUAAUGCUUGUGGCAGAAUUCACUCUGGGCCAUUGCUGGCCUGUCUCGUCGCCAUUCCCCCAGUGAUAGCUUAGGAAGGCAGGUUGGGGUUGGGGGGGGGGGGCAUGGUCGAUGCAGCCAGAAAAGUAACGAGUGCCUCUUCCAAUCCCACCACGACCACGCUGCACACGCAGGCUAGCUCGCAAACCUGCACUGAUCAGCACGGAAGCCUAUUUCUGGAGCCCCUGAACCAGGAGUGCCGGAGUCUGCAUUCCCGGCGACAUUCCCGGGCCGCAAUGGCGUGGCGCUUCCGAGGGGCGAGGCGGCCGUCAGUGCAAGAGAUGGAGAAACGAGCGGCGGCCGCGUGAGACCCGCGCUCUGGCCGAUGGGGGAUUGUGCGGUCAAAGUCAAGGCCUCAAAUGGGCUCAUCUGUUUCGCCUGGGUUUCCACUCAACAUUUGCAUUGUUCUUUCUGCAUCAUUUAAAAAAAAUAAAAUGGAAGUGAAAUUAAUUCCUAUCCAAAUUAUAAUUUGUCGAAUUUUUGGAGGUCUAAUUGCAUGAGUAUAACCUAGCUCUUGUGCAUGCUGUAUUCUGGGUUAACCUUCAUUCUGAAGCCAUUGGCAUGAAGGCUGUGAACUCAACACUGUGACACUCCUGUGCUGGACUUCAACGUGAUACAAUAUAUCCAAAUUUGCCUAUUUCACAUCAAAAUCAAUAGAGGGCAGUUCAGGCUUAACUCUUGUGCUGUCAGUUUCCCCUUGAGGUGUUUUUGCCUGCAGGUGUUGAGUCAGUUGCAAAACAAUAAAAGAAGUGGUAGGACAAAAAAAGACCAAGUUUCAAGUCAUACUAAUUUUGAAAAUACAUCUAGUCUAUGGUAUGUGAGGACCUUAGCUAUUCAAAGUUAAGGAAUGUUGCUAGGUUGUUUAUGGGAAGCAAUCAGAUAAAAUGACAGUGUUUGACAACUUCAGUUUGUGGAAUGAAGGAAUGAGCCAGCCUGUUUCAGCAUGACUGGCAGUGGGUAAGGUUCUGUACCUUAAACUUUGCUGAGUGUAUUUUAUUUAUUAUUCCCCUGCCAAGUUUGGUGUUGGUCUGUUAGAGUGACCACGUUUGGAGGAAAAGCCCCGGUUACAACUGGUGAAUAAUUUUAAAUUGUUGCAAGGCUAAUGGUUUAACUUUUAAGGGAAAACGAUUUAAGCAUAAUACAUAUCAGAAUAUGAAAAGUAUUUAAGAUGUAUCACAUGCCACGUUUCAAAUGUCACUGACCUUGUGCCUUGACGCGUAUUAGAAUAUUUUUCAGUGAGGCAUUUAUAGGUAUGAUAUAUGUGAUACUGCAGUGAUGUCUUUACAUUAAAAACAUUGACAGUCAAA